AUGAACGAACAGCCGCUGCCGCUCAAGAAUUGGCCGCAUACCUUUGACCAGGGUUAUGUGUUCAAACGUCUUGGUAUAGCAGGUAGCCCCGAGGACCAAAGGACUGUCCGCGAGGUGGCACAAGUUGUCUAUAAUGUUGUAGCGACUGAGGCUCUUAGAAAAGGCGUCAUUAUUGGCAAUAUUUUCCGAUCGAGCUCUUCGCGCACUCAGAUUCUAUUUGAGUGGCGCAGGCGAAUACUGAGGUUACCAGUGGCUGUUAGAAAUCACGUAACUGACAUUAGCCUUCUCUCCGGGGCGUUGUAUAAAUACCUCACUUGUAUCCACGAUGAGUUGCAAGAAGACUUUGAAAGACACCAACAUGAGCAGGCAACCGCAGCAAAAAAAUCCUCUGGAAAGGCAGCGAAACAACCACAGACAACACAACCGGCAGGACCACAGCCGGCACAGGCGCCAUCGGGAAGCUCAAUACCGAAUCCAGCAAGACCACCAGACCCGGACAGAUUCGAAUAUCAUCGGCCCUUCAUAGUGCCCAACGGUGACAUCCAGAUCAUUCGAGCAGAUCAACCAGAAAUGCCAAUUGCAAUUAGAGUAAGUGACCUUUUGAAAGACAGAUCAAACCCGAAGGAUAUAUGCCCGGAUGGGGAUUGGAUCAACAUCGCCAACAUUCAAUUUGACUAUUUCAUGCAAAACCUCAUCAAAGAAGGAUAUAUGCUAAAUGGGGACACAGUCUGGUUGUGCCAUCUCUCUCUGGAUCAAAUUGACCGAACGCUGAUUGAUACCCCCCAGCCUGGGGAGUCACGACUAACUUCCUUCAACCUAGCAUCUACACUUUUGAGAACUAUCCGUGAGCAUUGGCCUAAGCUUCGAAAUCCCUCCCCUGAGCCCUUUAAAAAUUCAAGGCGCUCACCAUUACCCAGACCUAAUUUGACUAUUAUUGUUCGAAGCGGUAUCCCAGCAGGAGGCGCUCUAUCUGCUAAACAGCCAGCAUUAGCUCGCCCUGCUGAGCAAUUGGGUGGUAAUGCGAUUACUCCUAACCGUCGAAUGGAACAGGUAGCUCGAUACGCGGCCCAAAGACACGCCAAAACCAAACGAAAGAGAACACUAGCGGAGGCGGAGGCGGGCGCAGGAGACACAGGAGAAGAAACCGAGUUGGAUGAGAGUGGCCCGGCGGCCCAAAGAAGAAGGGGAAUGCCCAAAAUUGCCGCUGGGCCCGCUGCUGGCCCUUCCACUGGUCCUCCUGCUCGGACUUCUGCUGGCCCUGUUCGCGGUACUUUUUCUGGCAGUUCUGCUCGCACUUCUGCUGGCCCUGCAGUCGGUACUUUUUCUGGCCGUUCUGCUCGCACUUUUGCUGGCCCUGUUGUUGGCCCUGUUGCUGGCCCUGUUGCUGGCCCUGUUGUUGGCCCUGUUGUUGGCCCUGUUGCUGGCCCCUCUGCUGCUGCCGCCCCCGGCCCUUCUACUGACCCUAAUCUUACCUUAGCUCCCGCCGGGCAAUAUCCCCCAGUACGGAAUGAUGAUGAAGCUGCUUUCUUGGCCAAUUUAGAUCCUACAAUGUUUAACGACGAGGGACUUGUGGGUGAUGAUGCCGCCUUGCGUGACGCCUUGAAAGCAUUCCUCGAGCAGAACGAAUGGGGUGGAGAUGGAGGGCCGAUGGAGGAGGACUGA